AUGGCAUCCACAAUCAAACCCAUUCAGCUCUACGGUGGCAUCUUGGGCCCCAAUCCCCUCAAAGUCGGCCUCAUCCUCACACUCCUCGAAGUACCAUAUGAAGCUGUACCAGUUCCCUUCGCGAAAGUCAAGGAUCCCGAGUAUACAGCAAUCAAUCCCAACGGACGCCUACCUUCGAUCCAUGACCCAAACACCGAUCUGACUAUUUGGGAGAGCGGUGCCAUCGUCGAGUACCUCAUAGAGCGCUACGACACCGCUGAACCACGCAAGCUGAGCUUCACACCGCGCAGCGCAGAGGCUGAGCUUGCACGCUCGUUCCUCUAUCUCCAGAUCUCUGGCCAGGGUCCAUACUACGGACAAGCAUUUUGGUUUAAAAGAUUCCACGCGGAGAAAGUCCCUAGUGCAGUCAACCGUUAUAUUAACGAAACGAAGCGCGUGACGGGCGUGCUCGAUUCGUGGCUGGGCAAGCAGAAGGAGGCCAACAAGGGUGUCGGAGAUGGUCCCUGGCUGGUCGGCAACAAGAUGUCGUACGCUGAUGUAGCGUUCAUUGCUUGGCAAUUGACGGCACACACACAUUUUGUCGAUGAUGGAUUCAAUGCCGACGAGUUCCCGAACGAGAAGGAGUGGUAUGAACGCAUGACGUCUAUGAAGGUGAUCAAGGAUGUUCUGGAUUCUUCAGCUGAGCAGAUGGCCAAGGGGCAUUGA